CGAGAGCCUUACCGCGUCCAAGUGUUCGUCGUUGGGCUCUCGGUUGUUAAAUACUUCCCUAGCCCCUUACUCACCGUCUUGACACGUUUAUCUAGUUAUUCUACUAAAAUUCUAUCACGCUCCUUCCAUUAUUUCCCAGUCGCCCAUGUCAUUACAUUCUCUUUUCAAAUCAUCUACAAGUCCCGUAGUAGAUUUCCUUACUUCGACUUGGUAUAAUAUCAGCCAAGGAUUCCAAUAUGCAUAUUCCGCACAUCACUAUACAAGACUGGAAUGAUCCAUCUGGACCUGACGGAGCCGCGCCUGUGUCGUCGUCGCGAAAAAUUGCUAGCGGAAUACGAACAUUCUUCCGCCGCCUAUGGUCGAAACGGCAUUUGUCAAAGUGGAUGUCUAGGAAGCCAUCUUCCAAUGGGGAAAAGGCGGUGCUGAAGACAGAUGAAAUAGGUGAAUUGUCUGGUUCAUCCCCGGGUUCGGCCUUUGAUAUGCCACGGUUAUAUUUACCAGACAGUGGCGCACAUAUUAGCCUACUAGAUGAAUGCCGCAAGUCUCUCCGUUGCUCAAUCUCCCUAACAUCAUCCGAGGAGGACACAAAACCAGCAAAAGAGACUAACACGAUGGACGAACGAGAAAAGACACUUCGCACACUCGAACAGCCUAGAGAAGAGCGAGCGACCAAAAUUCCCGAUACUCGGGAUGCGGCAUGGAGACACAGACGAUCUUUUAAAUUAGCUACUGACCCUCGGAUUGAUGCCCAGCAGUUUGAAGAAUUUCAGCGGUAUCUCGAGGAGGAAAUCGCUGCAGAUCUGGCUCUUUGCCUCGGUGUGUGGCGGAACCUCACCGACCAGUUACUAAGUCAAGCCUGCGCUCCCAUCCCUCCCGAGUAUCCAUCAAGGGCAUCAGCUUCCGGAAUUGCAUCUUCUACGGAGGAACACUUGCAAUUUAUAAACACCACUACCACUCGACGCUCAGAGAUAGGUGCCAGAAUCGGCGAGGGGGUGGAACACCAAGACGGCGCAAGGAAAAGGCGAAGCAGGCUUAGCCACAUAAACCCAGCAAUAAAAGCCCCAGAUCCACUGGUUGGAUAUAAUAUGGAAUUUCCAGAAGCUAAACGAUUACCAAGACCUAAGAGUAGCAAGCCUACGGGGCCCAAAUACCUUACCGUACCAUCGAGAAGAUGUCGUCGGGAAAGGCGCGCAUCCGCUCCAAGCUUAUCACACACGGUUACCGACUAUAUCAAGCCAGAAAUCCCCCCAAAUUCCGACAUGGAACCGAAAAUCAGACGCAAGUCGGACGGGCUUGGGUACAAAGUUAAAGUACACCCAUAUCAAUGAGUGGACGUCACGCCUAGGACUCUCAUCACGCGGAUUAUGUCUCUCUCCGCAUAUAUUCUCGCUUAGGGGAUGAUUUAUAGAUGAUCAAGGUUCGGCAGGGUUAUCGAAAUAUACAAUAGAUCUCGUAUGGGAAAUAUCAUAUUUCUUUUUCUUACCUAUUGUUUAAGGGGUCUAGUUACAGCAAAUUAGGAGAAAUACAGAUUGAUAGAUUAAUUCGUUAACU